AUGCCUGAAUCCUGUGGAGGUGUAGUCCAAGGCCUGAACGGCACCAUAGAAUCUCCUGGAUUUCCCCACGGCUAUCCCAACUAUGCCAACUGUACGUGGCUGAUAAUAACGGGGGAGCGGAACCGAAUCCAGCUAACCUUCGUUACACUGGCACUAGAGGAAGACUUCGAUAUUGUCUCAGUUUACGAUGGACAGCCGUCACCUGGCAACUUAAAGAUGAGGUUGUCGGGGUUUAUGCUGCCCUCACCCAUAGUCAGCAGUGGAUCUAUAUUAGCCUUGUGGUUUACAACAGACUUUGCUGUGAGUGCACAGGGCUUCAAAGCUGUAUAUGAAGUUUUGCCCAGCCAUACAUGUGGCACCCCUGGCCUUAUUCCAAACGGAGUAAUUCACGGUUCACGGUACAACAUAGGAGACAAAAUCCGAUACAGCUGUGAGUCGGGGUUUGUGCUGGAAGGGCACAGUAUUCUCACAUGCAUUGUGUCACCUGGCAGUGGAGCACAGUGGGACUUCCCAUCACCGUUUUGUAGAGCGGAGGGUGCCUGUGGCGGUACGUUACGAGGCACCGCAGGAUCAAUAACCAGUCCUGGAUAUCCAGCAGAGUAUGACAACAACCUGGAUUGUACAUGGUCAAUCCUCGCUGAACCAGGGGACACUAUAGCUCUUAUUUUCAAUGACUUCCUAUUAGAAGACAAAUAUGACUUCCUAGAAAUCAGCGGGACAGAAGCACCAAGCAUAUGGCUGACUGGUACAGCUCUUCCCUCACCAGUGAUAUCAAAUAAGAACUGGCUUCGAAUGCACUUCACCUCAGACAGCAACCACAGAAGAAAAGGUUUCAGUGCACAGUACCAAGUGAGUCAGAGUGGUAUUGCUGGUGAUGUUUGUCCUGAUCCUGGAGUUCCUGAAAAUGGCAAAAGGAUGGGCUCUGUCUUCCAAAUUGGCUCCAGCGUCCAGUUCAGUUGUGAUGACAGCUACGUGUUGCAGGGCUCUAAAAGCAUCACCUGUCAACGAGUUACUGACACACUGGCUGCUUGGAGUGACCACAGACCCAUCUGCAGAACUCGAACCUGUGGCAGCAAUCUAAGGGGGCCCAGAGGGGUCAUAACUUCUCCUAACUACCCUGUUCAAUAUGAGAACAAUGCGCACUGUGUGUGGGUCAUCACUGCGAUGGACACUGAGAAGGUUAUAAAGCUGUCAUUUGAAGAGUUUGAUUUGGAGAGAGGAUACGACACCCUGACAGUGGGAGACGGAGGGAAAAUAGGAGACACUCGGAGGGUGCUCUAUGUACUUACAGGCUCCAGCGUCCCUGAUCUCAUUGUGAGUUUGUCCAAUCAGAUGUGGCUACACCUGCAGUCAGACGACACCAUCGGUUCUGCAGGAUUCAAGGCGAUUUAUGAAGAGAUCGACAGGGGAGGCUGUGGUGAUCCCGGGGUACCGGCAUUCGGUAGUCGUAGCGGUAAUCGCUUUCAACACGGUGACGUGUUGACCUUCUUUUGUCGGUCUGCGUUUGAACUGGUGGGAGAAAAAACCAUCACGUGCCAACACAAUAACCAGUGGUCAGGCAACAAACCCAGCUGUGUCUUUUCUUGUUUCUUCAACUUCACGGCUCCAUCAGGGACUGUUUUGUCCCCAAACUACCCCGAGGAGUACGGCAACAACCUGAACUGUGUGUGGUUGAUUAUCUCGGAACCAGGAAGUCGCAUACAUCUCUUCUUCACUGACUUUGACCUUGAGCCACAGUUUGAUUGGUUGGUGGUCAAAGAUGAAGGGUUGUCUGAGCCAACAACAUUCGGGACGUUCUCAGGAAAAGAUGUCCCCUCGCAGAUCGCAUCAAAUGCACACAUUAUGAGACUUGAAUUUCAGUCUGACCAUUCGAACACUGGGAAAGGCUUCAACAUCAGCUAUACGACAUUUGGACAGAAUGAAUGCCAUGACCCAGGAGUUCCCGUCAAUGGUCAGAGGUAUGGUGACCAGUUUCAGCUUGGAAGCUCGGUGGCGUUUCGCUGUGAUCAAGGAUUCAUCAGGACACAGGGGUCAGAUCAAAUCACUUGCAUCAUUCAGGAUGGAAACGUAGUUUGGUCUGCAGCUGUACCUCGAUGUGAAGCUCCCUGUGGAGGCCAUCUCACAGCCUCUUCUGGUGUUGUUCUAUCCCCUGGUUGGCCUUCGUUUUAUAAGGAUUCACUGAGCUGCCAGUGGGUGAUUGAGGCACAAACAGAUCAUGCUGUAAAAAUACACUUUGACAAGUUCCAGACCGAGGUCAACUAUGACACACUGGAGAUCAGGGAUGGGCCGUCAACCUCCUCCCCACUGAUUGGCGAAUACCACGGCACCCAGGCACCUCAUUUCCUGAUUUCCACAUCCAACUUCCUGUUCCUGUUGUUCGCCACAGACAACAGCCGUUCUGCAGCAGGCUUCAGCAUCAGAUAUGAAAGUGUGAAAAUGGAGUCUGACUCGUGUCUCGAUCCUGGUAUCCCAGUCAACGGUCAUCGCCAUGGUGGAAGCUUUUCCAUUGGUUCUCAUGCCUCAUUUACAUGUGACUCUGGAUAUACCCUUAGUGAUCAAGAGCCGAUUGUUUGUGAGCUGAGUCAUCAAUGGAAUCAUGCUCUUCCAAGCUGUGAUGCUCUUUGUGGAGGCUAUGUUUUUGGUAAAACUGGGACGAUUCUCUCUCCUGGCUUUCCGGAUUUCUACCCAAACUCUCUUAACUGUACCUGGACUAUAGAGGUGUCUCAUGGAAAAGGAGUCCAUCUGAUUUUCCACACCUUCCAUCUGGAAGAGAACCACGACUACCUGUCCAUCAUUGAAGAUGGCAACUUCCAGGUUCCAGUGGCUCGGCUCACUGGCUCAGUACUUCCUCCUAGUGUUAAAGCUGGUCUUUACGGGAACUACAGUGUGCAGCUACGAUUUAUAUCUGAUUUUUCCAUGAGUUAUGAAGGAUUUAACAUUACUUUCUCAGAGUAUGACUUGGAGCCUUGUGAAGAUCCUGGUGUACCGGCGUUCAGCAGGAGAAUGGGAUUCAGAUUUGGAGUUGGAGACUCGUUGGCUUUCUCAUGUUUCCAAGGCUACAGACUUGAGGGAAACAGUAAGAUCACUUGCCUUGGAGGUGGCAGGCGAGUUUGGAGCAACACCCUACCACGAUGUAUAGCGGAGUGCGGGGCUUCUGCACGUGGACCAGAAGGUGUUCUCCUCUCUCCAAAUUUCCCCUCCAACUAUGAUAACAACCAUGAGUGCAUCUACCGCAUCAACACUGAAAAGGGCAAAGGAAUCAUGCUGAAAGCUGAGAGUUUCUCUUUGCAAGAUGGAGACUAUGUGAAAGUAUAUGAUGGGGAGAACACUUCAUCCCGUCUCCUUGGCAACUUUACACUUGACGGGAUGCUGGGUCAUGGCAUCAACAGCACGUCCAAUCACCUGUGGCUGGAGUUCAACAGCAAUGCAUCUGGAACCAAUCAGGGCUUUCGCCUCACAUAUACAAGUUUUGAGCUAGUGCGCUGUGAGGAACCCGGUGUCCCUAGUUAUGGGUACAAGAUCCAGGAUGAUGGUCAUUAUGCCAACACAUUUGUCCUGUACUCUUGCAACCCCGGAUACAGUCUCCAUGGCAGCAGCACACUGACCUGUCUUAGUGGUGACAGACGUGUCUGGGACAAGCCACUUCCUUCAUGUAUUGCCACAACAGCGACUUCCUGCAAUGACCCGGGCAUCCCAGUCAAUGGCUCUCGGUACGGGGACAGUAAGGAGCCUGGUGACAGUAUGACCUUCCAGUGUGACCCAGGUUAUCAGCGACAAGGUCAAGACACCAUCACAUGUGUGAGGAUGGACAACAGGUUCUAUUGGCAACCUGACCCUCCUACAUGUAUGGCAACGUGCGGGGGCAACGUCAGUGGUCCCUCUGGUGUCAUUCUGUCUCCUAACUACCCACAGCCAUACCCCGCUGGGAAAGAGUGUGACUGGAGAAUCAGAGUCAACCCUGACUUUGUCAUUGCCCUCAUCUUCAAAAGUUUCAACAUGGAGCCAAGUUAUGACUUCCUGCACAUCUACGAGGGUGACGAUUCAAAUGGGCCUCUACUAGCAAGUCUCCAAGGCAACCAGGCACCAGAGCGAAUAGAAAGCAGCGGUAACGGACUCUUCCUGGCCUUCAGGUCUGAUGCGUCGCUGGGCAUGUCUGGAUUUGCUAUUGAAUACAGAGAAAAACCCAGAGAGGCCUGUUUUGACCCUGGUAACAUUAUGAAUGCUAGCCGAACAGGCUAUGACUACAAACUAGGAUCACAGGUCUCGUAUAGCUGUCAUCAUGGUUACACGAUAGCGGGUAGAGACACCGUCACCUGUGUCAUGGGACAAGAUGGGAAACCAGUGUGGGACAAGGCACUGCCAUCAUGUAAAGCUCCAUGCGGAGGACAGUACGGUGGAUCAGAGGGUGUUGUUUUGUCUCCAAACUAUCCUUUAAAUUACACCACAAGACAAACGUGUUCCUAUUACAUCGUUGUGUCCUCACAGUUUGUGGUGUUUGGCCAGUUUGCUGUUUUCCAGACGGCAAUGAACGACUCAGUGGAGCUGUUUGAUGGAGCCAAUGAAAAUGCUCGAUUGCUCAGCUCCCUGGCUGGGUCACAUUCAGGAGAGACAUUACCACUUGCAACAUCCAAUCAGAUCAUGCUCCGGUUCAAUGCUAAGAGUGGCCAGUCAGCUAAAGGCUUUCAUUUUGUCUAUCAAGCUGUGCCUCGGACGAGCGACAGUCAGUGCAGUUCAGUGCCAGAGCCCCGGUAUGGCAGACGGAUUGGUUCAGAGUUCUCAGCAGGCUCUGUCGUUCGUUUUGAGUGCAGUCCAGGCUAUUUGUUGAAAGGAUCCAGUGCAAUUCAAUGCCAGGCCAUACCUGGUGCCCUGGCACAGUGGAAUGCAACAACACCAACCUGUAUAGUUCCCUGCAGUGGCAAUUUGACUGAACGUCGUGGAACGAUAUUGUCUCCUGGCUACCCUGAACCUUACCCAAAUGGUCUAAACUGUCUGUGGAGGAUUCAUGUCAGUGAAGGGGCAGGAAUACAGAUCCAAGUAAUGACAUUUGCAACUGAGCACAACUGGGACUCUCUAGAGAUCUAUGAUGGAGGAGACAUGACGGCUCCAAAACUUGGGUCUUUCUCUGGAACAACAGCGCCUGCUCUCCUCAACUCAACAUCCAACCAGCUCCUUCUGCACUUUCAGAGUGACAUCAGUGUUGUGGCAGCAGGUUUUCACCUGGAAUACAAAAACAUUUGGACUGAUAUGACUUAUAAGGUGGUGCGACAUGUUCGGCAGAAAUCAUUUAUCCUUUUCUUUGUCUCAGCUUAUCAACUUCAAAACUGCCAGGAUCCUGCUCCUUUUCCAAAUGGUGACAUCAUUAAAAGUGACUACAGUGCUGGCCAAUCAGUAACUUUUCAGUGCUACCCUGGUUAUGUUUUGGUUGGACACACGGUGCUAACAUGUCUACAUGGAACAAAUCGCAAGUGGAAUCACCCAUUUCCUCGCUGUGAGGCUCCUUGUGGAUAUAAUGUCACUGCUGAAAAUGGGACCAUCUAUUCACCUCAGUACCCCAAUGAAUAUCCCAACUCGCAAGACUGCAGCUGGCUCAUCACUGUUCCCCACGGACAUGGGGUUUAUAUCAACUUUACUUUACUGCAGACAGAGCCUGUCACAGAUUAUAUUGCUGUCUGGGAUGGUUCUGAUACGUCAAGCCCUCAGCUGGGAGUCUUCAGUGGCAACACAGCAUUAGAGUCGGCAUACAGCACCAGCCCACACGUCUUGAUCCGAUUUCACUCAGACUUCUCAACUGGAGGGUUCUUUAUUCUCAACUUUCAUGCAUACCGACUGAAAAGAUGUCCUCAUCCUCCUGUUGUGGAGAAUGCAGAGCUGAUCCAUGAAGAUGAAGAUUUCCUUAUUGGUGAUGUUGUGAAGUACAUCUGUCUACCUGGGUUUACACUGGUUGGAAAAGCAGAGCUGAUGUGCAAACUUAAUUCCCACUUACUCUUUGAAGGCCCUCCGCCAAAAUGUCAAACCCAGUGCCCAGCCAAUGAGGAGCGGUUUUCGUCAUCAGGAGUCAUACUAAGUCCUGGGUUUCCUGGAAACUAUCCAAACAGUCAAACGUGCUCUUGGCUGCUACAUAUGAUUCAAGAUUACACCAUCAAUAUAUAUGUGGAGCUCUUCCACAGUGAGAAGCAAUUCGAUGAGCUGGAAAUUUUUGAUGGAUCUUCAGGACAAAGCCCUUUGCUGGUUGCUCUGAGUGGUAACCACUCAUCUCAAUUGAACUUUACAUCCAAAACAAAUCAGCUCUACUUACGGUGGUCCACUGACCAUGCAACAAACAAGAGAGGAUUCAAGAUACGUUACUCAGCUGCUUACUGUAGUAUUAAUGAUCCCCUCUUGAAUGGUGGCGUGGUCAAUCAGACCAAACUUCAUCCAGGUAGCAGGCUUCAGUUCUUUUGUAACCAUGGUUACCGCCUCGUAGGCUCCAGCAAUGCCACUUGUAGGCUUGAUUCCAAUGGACUUUACCAGUGGGAUACGCCACCACCUUUUUGCCAGCCUAUUUCUUGUGGUAUACCUUUAUCACCGGGCAAUGGCAGUUUCCAUGCUCCCCACUAUACUGUUGGCAGUCAAGUCACAUACCAGUGUAACUAUGGCUACCAACUUGACACCAGUGUUUCAAUGACUGCUGUUUGUUUGGAGGAUGGAACCUGGAGCAAUGCUGGUUCAACCCCCAGAUGUCUGCCUGUUCAUUGCUCCAGCAUUGAAGGUGCCUUGUCAGAUCACAUGACCUACCACCUACUCUCCAGUAGGCUGGGAGACUUUGGGUCUGUAGUGAUGCUGGAGUGCUCAACAGGGUACUAUCUGAGUGUUGGACAUCGGACUCUUCGGUGUCUUGCCAAUGGUACCUGGGAGGGGUCAGAUGAUCCAGCUACUUGCAAAAUGAUCUCCUGCGGAGAACUUCCUUCCCCUCCCUUUGGUACCAAACUUGGGACUUUGACUACAUUUGGAGCAACUGCAAUCUUUAUGUGCAAUCAUGGCUACACGUUGGUGGGUUCACAUGUUCGAGAAUGUGGUGCUGACGGGCUGUGGAGCGGUGCAGAAACAAGAUGUUUAGCUGGCCACUGUGAUUCUCCAGAUCCUAUAGUCAACGGCCACAUUAGUGGAGAUGGAUCUAGUUAUCGUGACACAGUCGUAUACCAGUGCAUGCUAGGAUACAGAUUAAUUGGUACAUCUGUUAGAAUCUGUCAGCAGGACCAUCGGUGGUCUGGAAUAACACCUGUCUGCGUCCCCAUCACUUGUGGCCAUCCAGGAAACCCAGCCAACGGGCGAACGAACGGCAGCGAGUUCAACCUUAAUGACGUAGUCAACUUCACCUGCAAUAAGGGUUACAUCCUGAAUGGAAAUGCUCGUGCCCAGUGCCGACUCAAUGGACAGUGGAGCAGCCCCUUACCUGUCUGCAAAGUGGUGAACUGUUCCGACCCUGGCCAUGUGGAGAACGGCGUGCGCCAGUCUGGUCUACGUUACCCAGAAAUCUUCAGCUAUGGUGUGACUGUGGCCAUCCACUGCAAAAGAGGCUUUUAUCUGCUUGGUUCUGCUGUCUUCACAUGUCAACAUAAUGGACUGUGGGACCGACCAAUUCCUCGCUGCUUAGCUAUUUCCUGCGGUGACCCCAGCGUACCACCUAACGCAGCAGUGUCUGGAACCCACAGUUGGACCUUUGGUUCAGUGCUCCAGUACUCCUGUCUGCCUGGUGGUGUCCUUGUGGGCAAUGCUACUCGCCACUGUCAAGAAGAUGGAACGUGGAGUGGGGCUCCUCCCUAUUGCACUGGUGCUGCUGUUGGAAUAUGUGGAGACCCAGGGAUCCCUCCUCAUGGUGCCCGAUUGGGAGGGGAAGAAUUUAAGACCAAGAGCCUUCUGCGUUUUAGCUGUGAGGCAGGAUAUAAUCUGAUUGGCUCAGCUGAGAGGACGUGCCUUCACAAUGGCAGCUGGAGUGGUACACAGCCUGUGUGUCAAGCUGUGUCCUGUGGUAACCCUGGAACCCCUGCACAUGGCAGAAUUGUCUUCAGUGAUGGCAUCACAUUUGGCUGCUCUGUGGCUUAUGCAUGUUGGGAAGGAUUCAAAACGUCCGGCCUGACCACCAGACACUGCACAACAAACGGGACGUGGACGGGUCAGCCCCCAGACUGCACUGUGAUCGGUUGUGGGGACCCUGGUCCAGUAGCCAACGGCAUCUAUUUUGGCAGUGACUUUACCUUUAACCACACAAUAUCCUACCGCUGUAACCCUGGUCAUUUGAUGGAACUGCCUGGGCCUGGUGUUCUGCGAUGCACUAAGGAUGGAACUUGGAACCAAACCAAACCCAGCUGCAAAGUGAUUCAGUGUGGCCCACCCACUCAGGUGCUUCAUGGAAAGGUGGAAGGGACUGAUCAUUCUUGGGGAUCCAGUGUUAGCUACAGCUGUUUUCAAGGUUACCAGUUGUUCACUGCUGCUGUCUUAACCUGUGAAGGGAAUGGGACUUGGACAGGAGAUGUUCCACAGUGUUUGCCUGUCUUGUGUGGCGAUCCAGGUUCUCCUGGAGGAGGAUUCAGAGAAGGGAAUACCUUCUCUUAUCGGUCAGAGGUCAGGUUCUACUGCCAUGCUCCCUAUGUGUUGGUGGGUUCAGCUGCCAGAGUCUGUCAGGCAGAUAGAAGUUGGAGUGGCCAACAACCAACUUGUAUAGACCCAGUUCUCAACAGCUGUCGUGAUCCAGGAACUCCAGCCUAUGGGAUCCCGAUCAUGGCCCAGGGCUUCCAGGUUGGCAGCAAGAUUUCCUUCAAGUGCCGCAAAAACUACCACAUCCUUGGUUCAACAACGAGAACGUGUCUGGAAAAUCUUACUUGGAGUGGAACUCAACCCGAAUGCAUAGCUCAUUCGUGCAGACAGCCAGAGACACCGAGUAAUGUAGAUGUUCGAUCCAUGGACCUGCCAACGCUGGGAUAUACACUGAUUUACACCUGCCAGGAAGGUUUCUAUCUGUUAGGAGGAUCAGAGCACAGAACAUGUAAAAAUGAUGGGAGAUGGUCAGGAAAGCCACCAUUAUGUAAAGUUGGAGUGAAAGUAAAUCCCAAAGACAGAGAUUCAGAUGUGCAGAAGAACAAAAUUCGUGUUCCAGUUGAUGUCUUCUCUCCGACCUCUGAGUGGAGUGGUUUCUACGAGUAUCUGGGGAAGAAGCAGGCCACCACGUUUACAGUCACUGGGUUUAAUGCCAGCAGUGGCCGAGUUAACGUCACUUUACUGGAGACCAGCGGGGUGUCAAUCAGACUGUCAGGUACCUAUAAGUCAGAGGAAAACCAGCUGCUGUUAAAAGUCUACCAGGUGAAGGGGCCGACAGAGCAUUACUACAGCAAGUUUAAAAAUGACAACUGGGCUAUGGAUGGAUACGUUACUUCAGAGUCAGACCAGAAGAGUUUUAUUUAUCAGGGGCACAUUCACAGCAAAGAUUUUGGGAAGUUCCAUCUGACAAGACAAGGUCCUGUAACCAUGGCAAUGGAUCCAUCAAACCUUUACACAAACAGCAGUUCUGUGGCAGCAGCCAUCUUAGUUCCCUUUUUUGCCCUCAUCCUCUCUGGGUUUGCCUUCUACCUCUACAAACACAGGACAUUGUCUGCUGACACAGAUGACAAUGAGAGACCAAAAAACACCUGGGGGCCUGGCGGCAGGACACGCCCAAAGGUCCAGUUCAAUGGCUAUGUUGGCCAUGAGAGCUCCAACGGUCAGGCGUCAUUUGAAAAUCCAAUGUACGACACCAACAUGAAGCCCACGGAGGCUAAGGCAGUUCGAUUCGAUACAACUCUGAACACAGUCUGCACUGUGGUGUAAUGCAACAAAUCUGCCACUACCUAUAAAACAGUUCAACCACCGUGCUGCACCCUGCAGCGUGGGGGAACCAAAUGAGGAGAACAAACAGACGUAAGAUUUGGACUUUUCACCAUGAGCAGCCUUUGUGUAACAUGCUGGGCUCCUGUCAGCAUACUAUUCACAGCUCUUUCUCCACAUCCUUCUAAUACGACAGUAUUAUUCACCUCAUUUUUGAGGGGAAAAA